AUACAUUUUUCUUGGGCUACUGAUGAAUGGCGUCGUGUCUCUCAUACUGAUUCAUCUGCACUCAUACCGACCUGUCAAGUCCGAAUACAUACCCAAGAGCAUCUCGUACAUCUGACUCACAAAUCAUGGCCCUGUGAAGACCCCACUCUGUCGAUUAUUGCGCGCUACGUAUGUACAUAUAUAGACAUAGAAUAUAGAUAGCCACGAAACGACGCUUCGACGACCUGUUCCGCACCGCAUGGAAUUUUCGCGCCAAAGGAAAAGGACAACUGCGCGAGCUAUUCUACACACACCACGUCCGGACAGGCCAAAGAGACGGAAGUUCAAACAAGGCGCCGGCUGAGAAAAAAAGAGCCCGAUUCCCUACGAGCCCCCCUCUUUGCAACCUUCGGGGAAGAGAAAAAAAAAUCUCUAGCACCGUGAACACGGAUUUUUUUUGCAUCUCACAAUCAUAAAAUAACGUAGCCGCCAUGCCGGUGGUCAGCCCGGAGAAGCUGAUUGCGCUGCAGCGCGCCCCAGAAGGUGUGCGCAACAUUUGCAUACUCGCACACGUAGACCAUGGGAAGACGUCUCUUACAGACGCCCUUAUUGCAACCAACGGCAUCAUAUCUCCAAAGAUGGCUGGCAAGAUACGCUAUCUCGAUUCGAGACCUGACGAGCAGUUACGAGGCAUCACCAUGGAGUCGUCCGCCAUAUCGUUGUACUUUUCUAUGCUGCGACGCUCCGCACCAGACGCCCAACCGGAGCAGAAAGAGUAUCUGAUCAAUCUCAUCGACUCGCCCGGACACAUAGACUUCAGCUCCGAGGUCAGCACUGCCUCCCGGCUGUCCGACGGUGCCGUGGUGCUGGUGGACGCUGUUGAGGGCGUGUGCAGCCAGACGGUCACCGUUCUUCGCCAGGCUUGGAUCGAGAAGCUGAAACCCCUUCUUGUGAUCAACAAGAUGGACCGUCUGAUCACCGAACUGAAGAUGACGCCUGGCGAGGCGUACACCCACCUGAGCCAGCUGCUCGAGCAAGUCAACGCCGUCAUGGGAAGCUUCUUUUUGGGUGAUCGAAUGGAGGAUGACCUCAAGUGGCGCGAAAUGCUCGAGCAGCGCGUCAAUGCCGCCUCGGCGAAGCUUCAGGAUGGCAGUGGUAGCAUGCAGCCUUCGGCAGUCGCCGGCCUGAAGCAAACGGAUGAGCCAGGCGAGGACGCAAGUACGCCGGCCGAAUAUGAGGAAAAGGAUGACGAGGACAACUACUUCGCUCCUGAAAAGAACAAUGUCAUCUUUUCGUCCGCUAUUGACGGCUGGGCCUUCACUGUCGCGCAAUUCGCGUCCCUGUGGGAGAAGAAGAUGGGCAUCAAGCGUGCCACUCUUGAAAAAGUCCUCUGGGGCGACUUCUACCUUGAUCCGAAGACCAAACGGCUCAUCGGCCCCAAGCACCUCAAGGGUCGCAACUUGAAACCUCUUUUCGUCCAGAUGGUGCUCGACAACGUCUGGGCGGUGUACGAGGCAUGUAAAGGUGGCCCGUCAGGCAAAGGCGACCCCGCGAGGCUUGAGAAGAUAUGUAGCGUGUUAGGCAUUAAGCUUGCGCCGCACGUGCUGAGAUCAAAAGAUCCAAAUGCGGUGCUCACAAGCGUCUUCGGCGCGUGGCUACCGCUUUCAACGGCACUGCUCGUCUCCGUCAUCGAGCAUCUGCCCUCACCACCCGCUUCCCAGCAAAGCAGGAUGUCAGAGAUGAUCGAGGCGUCGCCGGACGCAUCCUAUGUAGACCGCAAGAUCAAGGAUGCGAUGACGCGCUUCAGCACGGACAAGGACGCACCCGUCGUGGCCUACGUGAGCAAGAUGGUCGCCGUUCCUGAGAGCGAGCUGCCACGCAACAAGAGGAAGGGUGGGUCGACAAUGACUGCUGAGGAGGCAAGAGAGAUUGCGAGAAGAAAAAGAGCGGAGUUUGCCGCGGCGCAGGCGGCCGAUGAGGCAAAUGCAGACUCCAGCGGGCUUGCCACUGCUAUUGGAUCCGCGACGAUUGGCGAAGCUGGCGAGGACGAAGUAGCGGAUGAGCAAGUGAAGGAGGAUCCGGAGCAUCUGAUCGGGUUUGCGAGAUUGUACUCUGGCACGCUGAAUGUGGGCGACGAAGUCUAUGUGCUGCCCCCCAAGUUCACGCCGGCCCACCUGAGCAACCCUCCCGUACCUCAGAAAGUCAAGGUGGAAGCUCUCUACCUGCUAAUGGGCCGGUCCUUGGAAGCUCUUGAGUCCGUCCCUGCGGGCGUAAUCUUCGGCAUUGAAGGUCUCGCCGGACACGUGCUCAAGUCGGGCACGCUGUGUUCAACCCUCGAAGGCGGCAUAAACCUCGCUGGCAUUAACCUGGGCUCUCAGCCCAUCGUACGUGUUGCACUUGAGCCGGAGAAUCCAGCUGAUCUGGAGAAGAUGGUGAGCGGCUUGAAAAUGCUCGAGCAGAGCGACCCUUGCGCUACGUACGAGGUCUUAGAGAGUGGCGAACAUGUUUUAGGUACAGCAGGUGAACUGCAUCUUGAGCGGUGCCUCAAAGACCUGAGAGAGCGGUUCGCCAAGUGCGAGAUCACAGCCGGAUCGCCCAUCGUACCGUACCGGGAAACUAUCGUGUCCGGCGCGGAGAUGCAGCCACCAAAGAACAAGGAUUUGCCGCGUGGCACUGUCAUCGCGGACUUGGCAUCAAAGCAAGUCCAGAUGCGACUCAGAGUUCGACCAUUACCACUAGCAGUUACGGAGUUUUUGAUCAAAAACGCGGGCGCUAUAAAGCGAUUGGAUGCCGAGAGAAAAGCGAGGGAACAGAGCGGAGGAAAGGUGGCGUCUGGUGCAGGGUCGGACCAAUCUAAUACAGACAGCGCUGAUAGCGAAGAGGUCGGCGUUGUUGACACGGGCAAGGUGCUGAGUCUCGAAGAAUUCAAGCAAGGGCUUGCCGUCGCUUUUGCUGAAGAAAAGAAUGACAAGGACGUUUGGAAAGGAGUCAUUGACCACAUCGCUGCAUUUGGACCUCGUAGAAUCGGCCCCAACGUUCUCAUUGACAUGACGGAGGACCAAACCUGUGACCGCUUACUACAAGAUCCUGGCGCAAAGAACGGCGCGGCGGCGCCAGCUACGCCGGCUUCAGAGCUGGCUGACAAGAUCAUCUACGCGUUCCAACUCGCCACAUUCCAAGGACCUCUCUGCAACGAGCCCGUACAGGGAAUCGCCGUCUUCCUCGAGUCCGUCACCGUCUACUGCGACUCGGAAGAACUCUCGUCCGGCCGUUUGACCGGAGAGAUUCUACGCGCGGUGCGUUCUUCCAUCGUCAACGGCUUUUUGGAUUGGUCCCCGCGCAUUCUCCUGGCCAUGUACUCGGUCGAGAUCACAACCAACACGGAGGCCCUCGGUCGCGUGUACACGGUGCUCUCACGAAGGCGCGGCCACGUUCUCGAGGAAACGUUGUCGUCCGGCACGUCUGACAACUACACGAUCCUGGCGCUGCUCCCCGUGGCCGAGUCCUUCGGCUUCGCCGAGGAGAUCCGCAAGCGCACCUCCGGCGCCGCGCAGCCGCAGCUCCGCUUUGCCGGCUUCGAGCUGCUGCCUGAGUGGGGCAGCGUGAGCAGCGAGCGCAGCACAGGCGAGUUCCCCGUCGAGGGCGACCCGUUCUGGGUCCCGCGAAGCGAGGAGGAGCUCGAAGAUCUCGGCGUGGACGGAGACAGGGAGAACGUGGCCAAGCGGUACGUGGACCGGGUCCGCGUGAGGAAAGGGAUGAGGGUGGAGGGCAGGAAACUGGUCAAGGAUGCAGAGAAGCAGAAAACGCUCAAACGAUGAUUGGGUUGAUGAGGUACGUGGUAGGAGCUUAUAUAUAUAUAUAUAUAUUUAUAUAAAAGAAACGGAGAUGGAAAUAUAACAUACAAAAAGUUUAUUACUUGG